AUGUUCAGGCGUUCCUUUUCUUCGAAAAGCCGGGCGGGAAAGACCGUCAAGGCUGGCAAGAAGAGGUACGACGAACAGGCCAAAGAGAAGAUGCAGGAGAAAGUGGACGGCAACACGGACACUCCUUCGGUGGGAAGGUGCGCUCUGACUAGCCCUAUCAUAACAAUGAUAGUGGGUCAAGAGCAGCGUCUUUUCGCUGCACAUGAGGAUGUCCUGUCUCUUUCGCCGUAUCUUCGUGCUAUUUUGAAGGAAAAAUCUCUGGAUGAAGGCACAAAGCAACUGGAGCUGCCCACCGAGGAGCCCGAAAUCCUGUCGUGCAUUCUCGAGUUUUUGUACAAGGGUGAUUACUACCCACGCUUGCUGCGUGGCAAGCGUCGGGACUCUUGGUACCUUGAGAAUGCCCAGGAAACCAAUAACAAUGGUGGCCGCGGGUCGAGUGAGGCGACUUUCUUCCACCCAGGCGUGGGAGAUAUCGUUCUUCGGGAUACGGUGGUGUAUUGUACUGCCGAGAAGUACGGUCUGGAAGACUUGAAGCGCAUUGCUCUCCGUAAGCAAGGUCUUCAAACUGAUAUCCCCGCUGAUGUGAUCUUACGGUCUGCUCGCUAUGCGUACGACAACACUCCGGAUUCCGAGUCUCGACUGCGCGCUCAUUAUCUGGCUCUCAUUAUCCGAAGUCGCAAGACUUUCAAGAGAAGUGGAACCAUGCAGAUGGAGAUGGAGAGCGGUGGCAAGUUAUUUUUCGACCUUUUUGUGGCUAUGUGCAACCAUAUGGAUGACCUUGCGGAGAUCCGGUAG